CUCGCUCGUAGUAACCGCAUCUUCGAAACGACGCACGAUGAGGCGAUCAAAUUGGAAAACAAGCUCCACGACUUGUCACUGGAGCGGACAAUCGAAGUCAUCAAGGAACUCGUAUACAUGCAUGAAGCUGAUCCGAACUUCUCUGGGGACAUGAUGAACCAAAUGAAAGAUUUCCUCGCAGAUCCGCCCACGUCUGAUAUGCCGGACAAGAACGACAUGCUCCGAUGUAUGAAGCUCGAAGUGCUGCUGGCAACGGAGAAUUCGCCAUAUAUCGAGGUCCGCGCAAACGUCGACCCGACUGAUGAUCCAAGUCUCCCUUGUUCCACCAUUCGAUCUUGGUUCAUCGGCAUCAGCUUCUGUUGCAUUGGAGUCUUCAUUGACACCUUGUUCGCUUAUCGCUACCCAGGUAUCUCGGUGGGCUCCUCGGUGGCUCAAUUGCUCGCGUACCCCAUCGGCUGCUUCUUCGCCCGCGUGCUCCCGAAAUGGAGCUUCACCAUUUUCGGUUGCAAUUUCGAACUGAAUCCUGGACCAUUCAACCAAAAGGAACACAUGAUGAUCUCCAUCAUGGCCAAUGUGGCCUUUUCGGCACCUUACACCUUCUACAUCAUUCCUGUACAGGCAAUGCCACAGUACUUCAACAUGCCAUGGGCAUAUGACCGAGGAUACCAGAUCUGUAUCUCGAUUGCCGUCAACUUCUUUGGCCUGGGAAUGGCUGGUCUUCUGAGACGAUUCCUCGUGUUCCCUUCUGUCGCCAUCUGGCCUCAAGCUCUGCCCACCAUUGCACUGAUCAAGGCAUUCCAUACGCAAGUAGACGAGCCUGUACCUGGCCCGUUUAAGCGCAUGUAUCGCUGGUCCAUGGAAAGGAUAUUUCUGAUUUCAACGCUAUUCAUGACUCUCUACUUUGUGCUACCGGGAUAUGUCUUCGGUGCCAUGUCCAUUUUCUCCUGGAUGACAUGGAUCUCUCCGAACAACAUCGCUCUCAAUGCAGUGACUGGCAUACAGACUGGUCUGGGACUCAAUCCAUGGCCUACCUUUGACUGGAAUCUGUUUGGGGGCGCAGGACUAUAUUUGCCUACCUUCGCCAUCGUUAAUCAGUGCGUGGGCAUCGUGAUAGCCGCCCUGAUGAUUCUCGGCAUCUGGUACAGCAACGCGUGGGAAACGGGAUAUCUUCCCAUCAAUACGCAGGGGACAUUUGACAACACCGGGAGCAGGUACAAAGUCACCAAGGUGUUGGACGGUAUGGGUCGACUCGACGAAGGUCUGUUUCAAAAAUACUCGCAGCCGUGGUUCUCGGCGGGCUUCAUUGUGUACAACAUCUGGUGCUUCGCCUCCUACUCUGCAUCCUUCUCCUUUGUGUAUCUGUUCCACAGACAGACGAUUGUGCGAGGCUUCAAGGGCAUCUACCGCGAAGUGUUCCGCAAGGGCAAGGACGAUGGUCACGCAGAAGUCGGAGAAGACAUUCACACGCGACUCAUGAGAGCGUACAAGGAUGCGCCCGACUGGUGGUACCUGAUCCUCCUGAUCCUCCCGAUAUUCUUUGGAGUUGCGGCAAUUGAAGGCUGGCCGACUGGAGCACCGGUCAGCGCCCUUUUCUAUGGCCUCAUUAUGCCGGCAAUCCUCAUCAUUCCCAUUGGAAUCAUCCAGGCAGUGACGGGAAAUGCGCUCGCCAUCAACGUUCUGGCCGCUCUGGUUGGUGGAUAUAUCAACGCAGGCAAUGUGAACGGUCUGAUGUACUUCAAAUGCUGGGCCUAUCUCUCCUCAUACCAAGCACUCUACUUUUGCCUGGAUCUGAAGACGGCGCACUAUAUGAAAAUGUCGCAACGAGUCGUCUUUUGGGCGCAAAUAGUCGCCACGUUCAUCUUUGCCAUGGUCUCGGCUCUGGAAUACAAUCUCAUCAUGGGCAUCCGCGAUGUCUGCACCGACGAUGCACCGUUCCGCAUGACGUGCCCUUCGCAAAAGUCCUUCUUCACCGUCACGAUAUUCUGGGGAGUGCUGUCUCCCAAGAAGCUCUUUGGACCGGGACAGCGAUACAACAUGAUGCUACUGGGAUUCCCGCUCGGAUUCCUCCUCGUGUUUGGGUAUUGGGUGCUCAAGAAGAUGUAUCCUCGGUCCAACUUGGUGCGACAGAUGCAUCCUGUGAUGCUCUGCAUGGGCCCGGUGUCGUAUGGGGCGCCGUACAAUCUGGCGUUUAACAUUGGAAAUCUCUAUGUGAAUCUGAUUUCGUUUCAGUAUAUCCGGAAGCGAUAUUUGGCAUUUUGGUCCAAGUGGAACUAUGUGCUCAGCGCAGGCCUUUCGUGCGGCAUUGCCAUUUCGGGAGUGCUGAUAUUCUUUGCGUUGAACUUACCCAAGGGAGGCACGCUUGCUCUCGAUUGGUGGGGAAAUAAUGUGGUCAACAUGGGGUGCGAGGGUGAGGGUGGAUGUCCACGACUAUCCCUGCCCGAAUCGGGGACCUUUGGGCCUUCUUCGUGGACUUGAUGGAUUGUGAUGG